GGCUAGCAAAAUGGUUAGUAUCCAUCACAAAAGAGGUGAGAGCCACGAAUCUGUUGAUCAACAAACAAACACAUCACAAUUCUCGAACUUCGCCGGAGAAUGAUGGAAACAGCUCUGCUCCGGUACUGCGUCAACUUUUCCGGUCACAAGAAAAUCUCUGCUCAUCAAAGAAGUAAUAGUGAGAUUCCGAAAACGAGUCCGGGAGGAUGCGAAGACGAGUGGUGUGCUAGGGUUUUGAGUAGAAGAUCGGUAAUGGCGUCAGGGUUGGUCUCCUCGACGACGGCUUUAGCAUUUCCAAGGGAAGGAUUGGCUGUCGUUAAACAAGGUCUUCUCGCUGGGAGAGUUCCUGGUCUGUCCGAACCUGAUGAAGAAGGUUGGAGAACAUACCGUAGACCAGACGAGAAGUCAGGAGGGCAUGGUGUUGGUUGGAGUCCUAUUAUCCCUUACGCCUUUUCGGUUCCUCAAGAUUGGAAUGAGGUACCUGUAUCGAUCGCUGAUCUUGGUGGCACCGAGAUUGACUUGAGAUUUGCUAGUCCUAAAGAAGGCCGUUUGUCUGUUAUUGUAGCUCCUGUUCUUAGAUUUGCAGAUAACCUCGGGGACGAUGUUAAGAUUGAAAAUAUUGGACAACCAGCGAAGGUGAUUAACGCGUUUGGACCAGAAGUUAUUGGAGAAAACGUAGAAGGGAAGGUGUUAAGUUCCAAUGUUGCAGAACACGAUGGUAGACUCUAUUACCAAUUCGAGCUAGAGCCGCCUCAUGUACUGAUAACUGCAACAGCUGCCGGAAACCGCCUUUACUUGUUCAGUGUCACCGGAAACGGUCUUCAAUGGAAGAGACACUACAAGGAUCUGAAGAGGAUAGCUAGUUCAUUCCGCAUUGUUUAGACUUUAGAACUUUUUUGGAUAUAUCAGAUCUUCAACAAGUUACUCAAGUGUUUCUCAAGACUAAGAACACAAAGAGCGGUACAUAAAUGUGUAUUUGUAAAAAGUUGAGAAUCCUGUAAUAUUAUACUAAACAACAUACGAGCAGUGAGUUUGGCAUACGGUUGUAUGGAUCUGGAUUCAUCAGAAAGAACCAAAACAUGAAACAGAGUUCAAAAGCUGGCUUUUUUGAGUUCUUCAAAAACACAAAUAAUAAAACUUGGAAAA